CAGCUUGUCACAUGGUACAAGGCUGUUGUGAAUAGCCUUGUACCAUGUGACCUCUGUGAUCAUUCACAGAUUUCACACGUAGUAAGCAAUAAUGUCAGAAGUGAUAUCUUGUUUACUACUAUUCAUGUGAUCACUGAAUGGCCAAUCAGUGAUCACAUGAAUCGGGACCUCACACAGAGGUCCCAUCCUCUGGACACACCAUUGAUAAAUACUGAUUGAGCUGUGAUUGGUCACAGCUUGUCACAUGGUACAAGUUUGUUGUGAAUAGCCUUGUACCAUGUGUCCUCUGUGAUCAUUCACAGAU